AUGGCUCGGAAACCGGUACAUAUGAGGCUGAGUACGACAAUUUAGCAACAUUCUGAGUACGAUAAUUUGUCAACGCUGGUCCGUCUCUGGCAUUUCAGGACUCCACAACACUUUACUUUCCUUCUCAUUCGAACUUUGAAGUUACCACAAUGCCUGUGCUGGAGGUGUUCACAAAUGUUCCCAAGGAGAAGGUGACUCCAGAGGUCCUGACCGGCCUCAGCAAGCUGCUUAGUGAGAUGCUUGGCAAAUCAGAGCAGUACUGCAUGGUGCGAAUCAUACCAGACCAGCUGAUGAGCUUUGGGGGAACCACUGAACCUUGCGGGGCAGUCCGGCUUGCCUCCAUUGGCAAGCUGGGAGUGGAGGAAAACAAGUCACAUGCCGCCAAGCUCUAUGCUCACCUGGAGCAGACUCUCGGCAUCCCCAGUGACAGGAUGUAUAUAAACUUCCAUGAUCUGGAAACCUCGAACGUUGGGUACAAGGGAACGACUUUCCAUGCAAUACUUGGCCGCUGAAAACUUUAUUUGAAAUUAUCUCCAUUUACCACUGUGAAAUCUAACUAUGUAAUACUCAAACGUUGAUAAACAAAGGCUUCACAAUGAUUUAACUUCAUAUUUAUGCGAACAUGGAUGGUGGACAAUCGGCUGUGGGGGGCGACACUUGUGGAAAUGGAGGCACAUUCUAGGAUUGCACCUUUUUUUGUUGUUGAAAGCCUCAUAUAUCUUGCAACAUUUAAGUCUUCAAAGUAAUAGUGUCUUUGAGUACUGUGAUCUCCACCCAUACUGGUGUCUGGCAAAAGUAUUGGUAUGACUGUGCUGUGAUACAUACUUAAUCUUGCCUCAAACUUUGAAUUUGCUCUCAUUGGGGUGUAUCUAGUCUGCCUAUUCUGUUCAUGUAGAUCGUGUGGGAAAUAUAGCUUCCAAUGAUUAUGUAAUUUUGCAUAACGAUACACCCCGCAGACCCACGGGCCAAAUGCAGAGAUGAGCACAGAGGACACUUGCAGCUAUACUUAGAAGUUUUCCUUAAAAAUACACCAGUUUAAAAAGAA